AUGCCUCACGGUCGAUUACGGAACCACGCUAAGAGGAGCAACUUCACGCUUUACCGAUGACAAGCGAGCCCAGGUAUAAAUGGAUAGACAUUUGUUAUAAUUGUUAUUUGAGGUUACGUGUCACUCUUAACACUGCACGAGUGUUACGAGUGUAGUGCAGUGUGACUUUUCCAGCCGAGCUGCUCAAGAAGCUAGUGGUUACAUGUUAGCUAACAUGUAGUCUCUCAAGGUUGUAACAGGGGAGCAACGGAGGGAGACGACUUGUGUUGUCUAGUUGUACACUAGAGGUUCCUUUAAUGACUGUUACAUCUAACGUUUACUCUUCUUGUGGCUGAGGUGGGCGUGAAGCCUUUUCGGCAGAGUUCAUGGCAUUGAAGCUGGUCCAAAGACUUCCGCCAGUCCUGCGGUUCAGACCCAGCACGGUCCUUGGUACCAGCUACGUGGGUCAGCCCCCCUUGUGUCCCGCUUGUCUGUGCACCCCAUCGGAGCGCUGCAUCCUCACACAAGGCUGCAGGAGGCUCCAGCUGUCCAGGGCUGCAAGGAACAUGACCACCAUUGUCAGGGAGCCAUCCUUUGUGGUCAGCAGCGCUGUUGGACACCACAGACUAGGCUCCAUCCCCCGAUUCCGUCUGUCCCAGUUCCACGGACCAACAACCGAGGAGGAGCGGGUUUUCCAGCAACUCUUGAGUUCUUGCUCAUCUUCUGGGAAGGUGUUCAAGCUGCUGCGCUCAGUGGAGAUGAUGUCUGACGGCAUGGCAGCGGCCGCCCUCCAUCGUGUGGCUGACCUGGAGCAGGAGCAGGACUGCCGCUCUCUGAAGGACCCUUUGGUGCUGGAGAACGACACCAUCAGGGCGCUGUGCAUGCAGCUGGAGCAGGACUCAAGCAGGUUGACUGAUGCGGGUCUGGUGGAGGCCCUGCUGGCCUGCACGCGUCUCUUCUUGGACCCGUGGAGCACCCUGAUGGUGCGGCUCGUGUCGGAGAGCCAGGAGAGGCUGGACCGAGGAGGGAUGAGCGUGGCCCUGCUGUGUAGUCUGGGCCAGGCUGUGUUUGCUAUGGAGGGUCCAAGAAGUGUGAUCCUGGAGGAGGUGAUGGAGCACAUUCAGAAGCAGGAACCUUCCCAGUGGAGCCUUGCUGAGCUUGUGGCUGUUUAUCAGCUUCUAGAAGGGGGCGCAGCUAGAAAUGGACAAUACCAAGACCUCCUGAACGCCAUGCACAUCCACGCCGUGACGGUUACCUCCUCCAUGGAUGAGGCAGCUGUCAGCAGGCUGCUGGGUGCCCUGGUGGCCUUGAAUCAAACCCAGGUGAUGCCUCUGGUGAUCAGCCUGUGCAAGCAGGCCGUUCAACACGUGCCUCACUUUUCUGAUGAAGAGCUGACGGUCGUCCUUGACGCUCUAAUGCACUUCGGCCACAGUGAUCACUAUUUUGUAGCAGCUAUGGAGAGACACGUCCCCAGCAUGGCCUUCACGUGCCACCCAGAAACGGUCACCAAAGUGAUGCAAUUCUUCGGUCGGAGGAACAUCUUGUCCCCGCAGGUGCUGGACACCAUCGCAGAGAGUUUUGUGUACCGGGCGGACUCCUACAGCACCGACCAGGUGACCCGGCAGAUCGUGCCUUUUGGCAAGCUGGGCUACCUCCCGCCCAACGCCGGCGAGCUCUUCCGUAAGGUGGAGGCCAUCCUGCGCACGCGUUUCUCCCAGUUUCAGCCUCGCACGCUGAUCAGCCUGCUGCACUCCUGCAUCCUGGUGGAGAGGUUCCCCGUCAACUUUGUCUCCAAGGUGUUCUCCAAGUUCUUCCUGCAGCAGCUGCAAGAAGAAGGCAGCGGAAUAGACCGGGACGUCCUGGCGCAGCUGACUCAGCUCUACAUGACUGUGAAGCUGGAGUGUCUCUUCUAUGAGGGUCCCAGACUUCUCCCCAAAUACCGCAUCAAGUCCUUCCUGAUGCCGGGUUGUUCCGUGGAGACACCUGUGGACAUGCACCUGUACAACUCUGUGAAAUCAGGACUAGUGGACCUGCUGGGGGCUCGCUCCUACUUUGGAUCCAAAGUGCUGACGCCCUACUGCUACACACUGGACGUGGAGCUGAAGCUGGAUGAAGAAGGAUAUGUGCUGCCUGCUAGUCACGACGACGUGUUUAAGAGGAUCGCUCUGUGCAUUGAUGGCCAGAGCAGGUUCACCAGAAACACCACACAGCUUCUCGGGAAGGAGACCAUCAAGCAACGUCACCUGAGGCUGCUGGGGUAUGAAGUUGUCCAGAUUCCCUUCUAUGAGUUUGAUAACCUGCGCAGCAAAGCCAGCGUUGUGAGUUACCUCCACCAGAAGAUCUUCCCUCACACCUACAGACUGAGCUGGUGAUGCCUGAGAUUCAGGAAGGACAACACGGACAUUAUGUAUCGGAACCAUGAAGAGGAUUCCUCAUGGCAAAUGUUUCAAACGUCGUUAUAUGCAAUGAAGUAGUUUUCCUAUAAAUGGCAAUAUGACACAUGGAGAUUGUUUGGAAAAUACAAUUUAUUGACUUCCGCAGACUAUUUGACCUCAGGUUAACAUAAGAAUAUACUGUAGAUAAUAUAUUGAUCAUAAAGAAUCACCAAGCAAAAUCUGAUGUCCUUGUUAGUUUCCAUCACUGAUUGCAUCUUUGGCUUGAGAGGCGUCUUUCCAAAGUGGGGAGUGUCAGUUGGAUAAAUAGAAGAAGAAGCUAUGAUACACGUUGUCGUCCCGCCUGUGGCUUUUAUGAAGCAGGAAUCUGAGGAAGGCCAAACUCGUCCACCAAGAUGCCGUCCUUCAAGGCAAUAAAGCAUGCAGCGUGAAUGGACAGGAGAAGAAGGUUCGCAGAACAACACAGACGUACCCUGUUGGAUUUGGAUCCAGGCAAACCCUCGGGGAUGGAAGGAGCGGUGGCGGCCUCGUCCAAGUAGGAGCUGUCUUCGUCCAACAGGAAGUCAUCUCCGAGAGCGUCCAGCUCUGGGGACAGGACAGCCAUGUUUAAACAACACACACAAGGAUCUGAUAUGAUACGAUGAUGGACAGCUUUGAGGCUAAUGAAGUGUCCACGGUUGUGGGAUGAGAUGGUAAAUCUUUCAAUUAAAAAAAUAAACGCUGAAGUGUCGCAGCGUACACAGAAACAUCUUAUUGCUAAUGCGUCAUUGGUGGCUGGGUGAUGAGGUUUCAUUGGAAAAGUGUAAAAAAACAAAAAAAACGUGACGUAAUUUCCUACACUGUGCUUCGCAAAUGAAUUAGAGCGCCUCCGGUGGAACGUUUAUGCCACAACUGCCCUAAUUGAAGAACAUUGCUAAAUUCAUUUGAAUGUUUCUGUAAUGGUUAAUAUACCAGCAUGUGCAAGUUCCUCACUAAAUUCUAACAUAUAUUAUAGUUCAAUUAUAUUUUAAUUAUCCAUUUGUCUGUUUAUUAUUAUUUAUUGAUUAAGAUCUUUACUUGCAUUCCCAAGAGUAAAAUGAGUUUUAGUGUUUAAAUGCGAUGCUUAAUUAACUCCGGGCUUCUGAGGUUAUUGCAUGUGGGGAAAAAUGACUUUAGUGAGUUGUUUCAGUUUGUUAUUGGGUUUAAUUGAUUUUGCUUUUAAACUUAUUUUCAUUUCAAACCAUUUUUAAUACAGUAUUUGUAGAA